AUGGACCAAAAAGCGUAUGCUCCACUACCUCGGAUGAUCUGCUCUCGAACUAACUUCGCAAAGGUCCAACCUGUGCUUGUGGUAGAAAAACCGGACGAUGGUUUUAAACUGUUUCAUGUCGGGCCAGCUCCAAAGGUCGAUAUCGUUGCUGUUCACGGACUGGGUGGACACAGAGAGAAGUCAUGGACAACGCCUGAUGGUGUGAAUUGGCUUCGAAGCUUAUUAAGUCAAGAUAUACCUAAUAGCAGAAUUAUGAGCUGGGGUUAUAAUGCAUCAUCUGGUCCUGGACAAGAACAACACUCUUUACAGAACCUGUCUGAGAAAUUAGUGCUGGACCUGUAUAGACUGAGAGAGAUGACCAAGACGCAAACUCGGCCGAUCAUCUUCAUGGCUCACAGUCUCGGCGGUAGCAUAGUCAAAAGUGCUCUGGUAUUCUCGGAUUUAGAGCGUGAGCGCCCUGCUAGUCGCCUUGAUGUUAUCAGUGCUUCCACCCGGGGAAUAUUCUUCUUUGAUACCACUGAACUGGGAAUAAGCACUCAUGGCAUGAGCAAAUAUCUGAAAAGUGUAGAGGGAUCGGAUCAAGAGAACAGCGAUAUUUUCAAAGAAGCAAAAUGGCUGCUGAGUGUGUUGAAUCAGUACCUAUCAAACAGUGCCAAAUAUCGAAAUGUCUAUGUUACACCUCGCAAUGGUCAAGAGGCGAUACAAAAAGAAGAAAAAGGAGAUGCAUCUUCAUCACAGAUCAACUCGUCAUAUAUUGUGAUCAGUGCAAGUCAUAAUAUGAUUAAUAAGUUUGGAUCUGUGGAAGACGAGGGUUAUGUGAAGAUCAAGGAAGAGAUUUCUGAUAUACUUGAAGAGAGUUCUUGGUCUACUGAUUCUCAUGUAAAAUGGGAUAAAUAA